AGACAAAGGGCGUGCAGAGGAUGAAAUAUUCCUUGCAGACCAGCUUCUGGCUCAAAUAGAAGCAAAGAAAGCCAAGGGCAAGCCUCCCGCUACAUUUGAAGUCAGGUGGGUCGAAAGAGAUGCUGAUGGACAUCCGGUAAGAAAAAGACGUCGAACCGGCCAGACACAAAGACGUCCUUCAGCUACAGUUUCUGCAGUUCCCAGUGUUGAGUCAUCUGAGGAGGUUCCUACAGUGACCCAAGUUAACUUCUCUCAACACUUUCUUGACAUUGAGAUGCAGAAACUACAAGACAUCCUGUCUUCGGUCAAUGUGGAUGUUGAUGACCAUCCAUCAACAUCCACGUCAUGGUCCUUGCGUCAGUCUGCAGCGCAAGAUGAGUGGCGGAAAGCAAGGCCUGAUCACGUCAACUGUUUGCUCUCCUGCAAUAUUGUUCCUGAGAGGACCUGCAGCCACUGUUCUUCUCCCGCCACCAUUCGCUGCAGAGACUGCAUGCCAGAGGAGUGGCUGUGUAUGGACUGUGACGUACUCACCCACAUAAAACUUGUACUCCACAACAGGGACUCCUGCAUUGAUGGGUUCUACAGGCCCAUCAAACCGACACUGUGCUGUGCUGAACAAGACGGCAGAUAUACACUAGUAAAUCAAGUCUGUUUGUUGCCCACAGUGAGACCCAUCCAGGUAUGCGCCUGUGACCCUGCAAACCUCACAGAAUCAGCUGGAAAAGCUGUUAUUUUGAUUUGCAUGAAUGGUCGGUAUGAUUUGAACUUGCCAAGGUUGGCAUGUACAUCAUGCAUGGCACAAUGGACCCCUGACAGGGGUGAUCUUAUUAAAAGUGGGUAUUGGCCAGCAUCUGUGAAUGCAGAAACAGUCUUUUCAAUGGAUCUGAUGGUGACCUUUGAAGAGAUGAAAACCGUUGCACCCAGUCUGUCAAGACAAGGGUUUUUGCGGAUGCUGGAAAGGAGGACCUGCCACUUCGGAAGGGAUGGGAAAAUACACGGAGACGUGUUCCAAAGAAGCUACCUGGAGUACACUUUCUGCCUCCACCAGUGCGAAAAGAUGGCAGGGGUGGAGCACUUCAGCUGUCCAGCAUGCACUCCAGACAUGCUCGCCCUCUGUGCAGAUGGCAACCGUAAACAUUACCGAUUUCGGCAGUCAAAAGGGUCAGAGGAACCAUAUUUUGAUGGCACCUUCAUUGCCAAGGACGCUGAGGUCAACCACUUUGUUGAGGACAUCAAGCGUACACUGAAAAGUACGGCAGGCAAAGGAGUGUGUGGAGCGAGUCAGUGGUCUGCAGCACGGGAGACUGCCAGAAGGGCAAACAAAUUGGACGAGGAGGGCCUUGAGGUGGCUGUAUGCAGGCAUGGGGUGCUACUGAAGGCCCUUAACAUGUACAGGGGGGAAAUAUUUGCAUAUCCCCUCUACCUGCAGAAGGAGCUCCAGGCAGCCACGAGGGGCCAGUUCUACUGUACAGACAUUGCCUGCAAGUACUGGCCUUAUUUAGAGAAGGUGGCAGUGUCCAUGCUCGACCUCAGGCCACUGCUGCAGAUGAAGCCAUUCCUAUCUGUUAUGCAUGCCAAGGCCCAUUCAACCAAGUGUGAGAUAAUUUGGAGUGGCAGGAACCAGGAGGGUGCAGGCACAACAGCUGGGGAGGAGGUAGAAAUGGUCAACAGUUACCUGUCACGCUGUGCCCUCACUACCAAAUACAUGACCAAGUCUGCCAGGAAUGACAUGCUGACCGUCCAUGCCAUUGGGUGGAAUAGACAGAAGCAGGAUGCUCUUCAUCUUGCAUUAUCUCGAAGAUACAUUAAGACAUUACAAAGAGCUGACGCUGAGUCUCAGAGACUAACAGAUUUGAUGGCUGAAGUUGGGUGUCCUGAGAACAUGCUGGAGUCAUGGGUACAUGAUGUCCGACAGUGGGCUACUGAUGAUUCUUCAGGUACCAGAAAUAGUGACCAGCAGGACCUCCAGCAGUCCAUUGAACAGUUGUUUCUGGGUGUUUAUCAAAAAAAAGCCAGCCUUUAUAAUCAGACUGACAGCAACAAAAUUCGUCACCUUCGACGAAGGAAACUUGGGGAAGAAAAGAGAAAACUGUUUGACACAAUCAAGACCUACAAUGAGGAGGUGCCAGAGGAGGAACGCAUUGACGCGGACAAGGUGGAGAGCAGACUGUCUGUGGUGGGAGAAGAGAGUGGGGCAGACAGUCUCAUAUGGCCGUGGGAAUUGCACAGUGGUGAAUCCAGAAAUAUCCUCACCAAAAAAAAAGUCUUUGAUGCACACAUGUCAACACUGCGGCUUCAGGAGGAAAAGAUCGUCUUGAUGAGGGAGAUGCGACAGCAUUGCACUUAUCUCAGAGGGCUGGCUGGGGGCAUCAGGACAGACAUAUCAGAAAUAUCCCAUGGCAGAAACAGUGGCAGUCUAAGUGAAGAGGGGCAACGUGGGCUACUCUGUCUUCUUCAGAAAAGCCUUGCAGAUGUGGAGAAAAAGUUCCAAGUUGUGUGCUCAAGUUACAGCCAGGCUUUGGGAUCAAAUGCUGCUGCUUCUCUGCUGGAGGACAGGCCUGAGGAGAUAUUGGAGGACCAGAAAGAAAUGGAGUAUGACAGUUCUGAUGAGAGUGAUGUGGAAGCAGUGUAACUCUGCGUGUCCACCGCGUGUCAUGUUGUGAUUGUACAUAGUAUUUUAUGUGUUCCUACAUUGAUGUAUUUGUUUUUUGUUUUUUUUUCCUUAAAGGCCGGAUUUUGGUUCUAUGGACACUCGGCACAAUGCACACGCAUUUGCCACGCAGAUGGUGUGUGCCCAAUAUACCUCUGCAUUAAACGCUAAGCAAUUCUCCGCUAAAACACUAUGGGGCGCGUUUUUCAGUAGAUCCAGAUCUAGCAUGAUCCAAACUUUCCAAACAAUUUGAAAUCAGCCAACAAGUCGA